ACACGAGGUAGAGUCGUGCAGUCGCGGUCCUCCUUGUUCAAGAUGGGGAAUGCGAACUCUGCUGCAAGUGCUACUCAGCCGUCGCCUAAACCACCCUCGGGUGGCCAAUCUGUUACCAACAUGCCGCCAGCACCACCUAUGACUGCUCCUUCACCACCAGUGGAAAGCAAGGCUGACACUCCUGUUGAAGAGGUCAGGAAAAACCCUGGAAGUUAUGAGGACAUUCACAAGAAGUGCAGAGAUUUGAUGCCAACACCAUAUGAAGGCUUCAAGCUUGUUGUCAAUAAAGGACUGAGCAAUCAUUUUCAGAUCAGCCACACCCUUAAUCUCAGUGCUACAAUGCCAAGCUCAUACCAUUUUGGUGCAACUUAUGUUGGAACUAAACAGAUAAGUCCAGCAGAGGCAUAUCCAGUCAUACUAGGUGACAUUGACAAUUCUGGGAGUCUAAGUGCACAAAUUAUUCACCAGUUUUUGCCAAAUUUAAAAAGCAAGUUAGUUGUUCAGACGCAAAAGUCACAGUUUUCAAUGAUACAAGCUGAUUCUGAAUACAGAGGAAAAGAUUUCACCAGCACCUUAACUCUAGGCAACAUUGAUGUUAUCAACGAAUCUGGUAUUGUUAUUGCACAUUAUUUGCAGAAGUUAAUGCCUCGUCUUGAUAUUGGGGCUGAACUUCUUUACCACUACGGAGCUGGACAAGAAGCAGCUGCUCUAUCUUUAUCAGGUCGUUACACUGCAGAUAAUUGGGUCGCUGGUGGCACAUUAGGCCAGUCAGGAUGGCACACUAGUUAUUACCACAAAGGCAACGAAAACGUGCAGGUGGGAGUAGAGUAUGAAUACAAUUCUAGAGCUCAAGAGGGUUGCGUUAGUUUAGGCUAUCAAGUGGACCUUCCUAAGGCUAACUUUACUUUUCGUGGACUGGUUGAUACCAACUGGACUGUGGCUGGCUUUUUCGAGAAAAAGUUGCCUCCUCUUCCAUUUACCUUUGUGUUAAGCGGUAUGAUUAAUCAUCAAAAAAAUACAAGUAGAUUUGGUUUCGGAUUAUUGAUUGGAUAGAAAUCUUUCUUUCCAUAUAGAUAUUAGCAGUAGUGCAGAAUUUCUUCAUCAAUGUUCAAAAUAUCUUUGCAAAUGCGUUAUUUUUAAAUAUAACUGUAUAGUCCUAAGAUGUGAACUUCAAUAAACAAUGUCACGAGUGAUGUUAGUUAGCAUGUGGAUGAGAUCCGCACCCAUUUCAUCUUAUUUCUUAUAAUUUUCAAUGGCAUAUCGGUAUUUAUAUACAUGUAACUCCUUCCUUUCAAAUAGUACCGUGGAAUGGAAUAAGAGUGUUGUACAAGCCUUACAAAUUGACAUUUGAAGGCUUCCCUCUCUCUCCUUAGUUCUUUAGAAGGCCUUCUAAGCACAACAUGUACCCUCAGUCUAUCUAAACACAAGCAACAGCGAAAACAUAAGAUUUUUGGUCCACCACGACGUCAGGGGAGGUUUGCAAGUGUGUCGAAGAAAGUUUGAGAAAGUUUAGGGUUUUAUAGGGGGUGGUAGUUACCAAAGAACGAUAUAAAAUUAGAAGUUUCUAAUUUCUUUUGAAAUCUAGCUCUCAGACGCCUAUGUGCGCUACCCUAAAAAUGAUUUUCCUGCAUAUUUCACACAGACUUUGUAAAGAUGAAAAUUCUUGACUGCUAGUUUUGACCCACCUUAGAACUAUGUACGACCCAACUUAGAACAGACACAUGCUUUGAGUGUUUAGAUAUAUUGAUAUAGCGUAUGUUUUGAAUCACGCUUAGAGUAAACAACUUUACUAAGCAGAUAUAAAUUUUUGAAUGAAUGUUAUAUUCUUACUCAUCA